GAUCCACAGAGCAGCAGGCUGAGGAACAACAUUCCCACCUCUGGAAUAAAAGUCCACAUCGCGGUCUUUAAUGAAGAGACACCAUGUGACCUGUCGCUCCCUCGUGUGGCCGGAGCGGACCGGACCGAAUUAAAUGAACUGAUAGCCGUGAACGUGGAUUGGCUUGUCUCUUCAUCUCAGCAGGAAGGCUCUUAUUUUAGUUGCUAACGGAGGGAAGGCCGCUCCGCCUCCCGACGCUCUCUCUCCUAUCUCAGCCUGCUUGUUUGCUGUUGGUGUCAGCUGGUUUGUGGAGGACGCUGUCAGUGCCAUGGGAUUUCUGUGACUCUGAGGAAUUGAAACAUGGCGAAACCUUUGGCUCUGGCUCUGGCUGUCCUCGUGCUGCUCCUCCGCCCCAGCGGCAGCGGCUCCUGGCCGGGUGCCUGUCCCUACAGGUGCCAGUGUUUCACUCCGGUUCAGGUGCUGUGUUCUGAUGAACGGAUGGCCUCUUUACCCAGAAACAUGUCCGCUCAGGUCAAGGAGUUCAUAAUAAUGACGACUUCUGUGGCGUACCUGUUCUCCCACUCGCUGGAGGAGAGCCCACAACUCACCAAGCUCGUUUUUCUGAACAACGCGCUGAGGAGCAUUCACCUGAAAGCCUUGGAGCGCCUGACUGAGCUGCAGGAGCUGGAGAUCAGCGGGAACCCCGGGCUGGAUCAUGUGCUCCUGGGGACCUUCUCAAAUCAAGCCCGUUUACAGAAGCUGACUCUCAACUUCAACAACUUCAAGUCGCUUCUUCCUGGAACGUUUGACUCUCUGAAGCAGCUGGAGACCCUGCAGAUGAAGAACAACUUCAUAUCAGCUCUGCCUGCUUAUCUCUUCCUGAACCUGAACAAGUUGCGUGUUCUGGAUUUGUCCCAAAACAGACUUGAAGAUGUAGCCAAUGAGACGUUUUCUGGCCUGAGGAGGCUGGAGGUCCUGAAACUAAACAACAACCUGAUCAGCCAUCUGACACCUGACACCUUCAGUAACGUUUCUCAGCUCCGGGAGCUUCACUUAGAGCACAACAAGCUAGCACGACUCAGCGACAGCUCCUUCUCUCUGUUGACUAACCUGAGCGUGCUGAACCUCCGUGGGAACCUUCUGACAACCUUCAGUCGUAACGUGUUUGGACGUGAGCCUACACAUCUGAAGGAGCUCAACCUGAGAGGCAACCAGCUGACCCAGCUGUCGUCCCUGAGCGCUCUGACCUCGCUGACUGACCUCACCCUGUCAGAAAACAAGCUCUCCAGCCUCGCAGAAGACGUUUUCAUAAAUCUAACGGCCCUGGAGAACCUGGAGCUUUCUGAAAACCAGCUGGUGACGCUGCCUGAAAGGAUCUUUAAACACUUGUUUAACAUCAAGGAGAUCAGCCUCCACCGUAACAACCUGACCAGGUUGGAGCCCCAGCUGUUUGAGGACCAGGCGUUUAUUCAGAGGCUCUACCUUUCUGAAAACCGACUGGAAACUCUCCCCGUGGGUCUAAUGGACUCCUUUAGCUUCCAGCACUCCACCAGACUGCACGGAAACCCCUGGAAAUGUGACUGCCACCUGUGGUACCUGCACGACUGGCUACUGCAGAACAGCCAGAACGUGGAGAUGCUACACGGCGUGGUGUGUGAAAGCCCCGCCUACCUGCGACAACGGCCCGUCGCUUCUGUGGACAGAGACCAGCUGUUGUGUCACCUGUCCAAAGAGGACGUGGCUGAUCUCAGCUCCUGCACUCUGCAAACAUCCAACCACACCGUGACCAUCAAAUGUAAAGCAGACAAAUGCUCUCCAAUGACAGUGAAGGUGCUGUUUCAGGAAGAAGACGGCCGUGUCAGAGAGCACGUCCUAAAAAACGAGUCUGACGAGUCUCAGUGCAGCAACAGGACCACGGCGGGGAUCCCGGAGCGCUAGCUCGCCUCAGAGCAGAUCCCUGCUUCCCAUCAGGGUCGAUCAGACGUCCAGAGUCGGUCGAUACUGUCAACAAUCAGCAGGCAGGAGGCUGCUGAGUGAUAGCGGGGGUAGAUGAACCUCUGAUUGUAAAGUUCGAAAGUUCAACUGGUUGUUUUUUAAAAUCCAUUCAAGGCUGAAACAUGAAACAGCAGUUAAUGUGUGUUUGUGUAUUCCCUCAGAAGCACAUGUGAUGAACAAGUGAAUGAAUGAGUUCUACUA